AUGCAGAAGGAGACAAAGAGGAUACGCUUCGAGCAAAUUGGGAUUUCUGGGCGCAAGGCUAGCUAUUUGUAUGACCUUGCUAAUAAGUAUAAUUCCGGGAUUUUGAUGGAUGAAUCAGUGGUGAAAAUGGAUGACAGAUCAUUGUUCACAAUGCUCUCGAUGGUGAAGGGGAUAGGUUCCUGGUCAGUCCACAUGUUUAUGAUAUUCUCGCUGCGUCGACCAGAUGUGUUGCCUGUGAGUGAUUUAGGGGUUAGGAAAGGUGUGCAGUUGUUGUAUAGUUUGGAGGAUUUGCCUAGGCCAUCACAGAUGAAGCGGUUGUGUGAGAAGUAG